AUGGAGGUUACCUCCACCACCUUCAUCUCCACCACCAGAUCUUCUAAGUAUCUCACCUUGACUUCUUACUCUCCGGUGAUUCUUCCGGCUUCUACUCUCCGCCGUGAUUUUCUCGGUUGUUGUCAUAGUCUCCGACGUCCUUCUCCUCAUCUUCGUACUCGCGCCGGGAAACGCAAUUCUCGUCGCUCUUCAAUUCGAUCGCCUCGUUUAGUCGUUAGAGCUUCUCUCGAUUCUGGUUUGAUUCUUGUUAUUGUGGCUGUCACUGCCUUUUCCGCCAUUGCUUUCGCUUACUGCCAAAAUACUUUCAGGAAGCGGAAAACUUCCGAUGUGGUUGCAGCAUCUACUGGAACGAUUCGUGGCGGAAAAAUCAGUACUGAGAAUCGGCGAGAAAGUCAACAUUUAGAUGGAGAUGUUUAUGAAGGCAAUCCUGUGGAAAUAAAUGGAGGUUUUAGAAAGAUGGAGGAACAAAGUGUGACUCUUUUGGAGGAAGAGGAGACUCAUCAAAUCCAGGAAAUUGCUGUGAUAGAGUAUGAUUCAUUUUCAGCUGAGGAGUCUCAGUUUGCUGUUGCCAAUGUCAGCACAGUUGCCAAAGAACAUACUUUAAUAGAUGAAUCCCUUUCAUCUUCUAUUGUUAAUGGGUCUGUUGCUUUGGAAUCAGCUACCUUUGGAGUUAAAACACAAGUUGAAAAUAGCGAAGAUCACAAGUGUUUGGAGCAUGAUUUUUCACAGGCAGUGGUGGGAAUUCAUUCGAUUGCUUCUCCACCGGUGGUAGAUGAUACACAUGCUCUAGAGUAUGAGUACAAUGGUUUGCUCCAGAAGCCUCUCGAGUACAGCGUCUUUGCGGAGAGUAAGAGAGAAGAGAUUCACACUUUUUAUGGGUCUAAUCAUUCAUCAGCCAAGUCUUCAAGGUUACCAAGUCUUAAAGCAGUCUCUCCUACUGUUACUUCUGCAACUAAUAGUUUAUUGCUGGACCACAAGAACAAUGGAGUAAUUGAUACUCAGUUCCCAGGACAUAGUUCUGGUCAGGCGACUGCUGAUGUUCAAGAAGAAAAACUUGUGGCAUACGGUAACGGCGGUGUACCCCACAUUAGGAAAGACGUUAAAGAAGACUGGAAAUUUCCAAAUGAUGGGACGCAUGUGGGUCACCAAACUGAUGAAAGCAUGCCUCAGUUCCAUGCUCGAAACUUUGAGCUACAUAAUAGUAAUGGACGUUCUCCAGAAAGUAAUGAUGCUUACAACCGUUUACUUAGAGAUGGAAGGAUAAAGGAUUGCAUAAGCUUGCUCGAAGAUUUGGACCAAAGGGAUCUAUUGGACAUGGAUAAGAUUUAUCAUGCGAGUUUCUUUAAAACCUGCAAGAAGCAAAGGGCCGUCAAGGAAGCAUUUCGCUUUACCAAGUUGAUUCUAAAUCCAACCAUGAGCACAUUCAAUAUGUUAAUGUCUGUCUGCGCAAGCUCCCAGGACAUAGAAGGAGCUCGGGGAGUUUUGCGUCUGGUACAAGAGAGUGGUAUGACUGCUGAUUGCAAACUUUACACAACUUUAAUAUCAAGUUGUGCUAAAAGUGGAAAAGUUGAUGCAAUGUUCGAGGUGUUCCAUCAGAUGUCAAAUUCUGGAGUGGAAGCCAAUCUUCACACAUUCGGUGCACUUAUUGAUGGCUGUGCUAGAGCUGGACAAGUAGCUAAGGCAUUUGGUGCUUAUGGAAUUUUAAGGUCUAAGAAUGUUAAGCCAGACCGGGUUGUAUUCAAUGCCCUCAUCUCUGCAUGUGGUCAAUCAGGAGCUGUCGACCGUGCUUUUGAUGUGUUAGCUGAAAUGAAGGCUGAGACGCACCCUAUAGACCCUGAUCAUAUCACCAUCGGUGCAUUGAUGAAAGCGUGCUGUAAUGCUGGUCAGGUCGAACGGGCAAAAGAAGUUUACCAGAUGAUCCAUAAAUAUGGAAUCAGGGGUACUCCAGAAGUGUAUACCAUUGCUGUGAAUAGUUGCAGCAAGUCUGGAGACUGGGAUUUUGCAUGUAGCAUAUACAAGGACAUGAAAGAAAAAGACGUGACCCCUGAUGAGGUGUUUUUCAGUGCAUUGAUUGAUGUUGCAGGACAUGCAAAAAUGUUAGACGAGGCUUUUGGUAUUCUUCAGGAUGCAAAAUCUCAAGGAAUACGUCUUGGAACUGUAUCAUAUAGCUCACUGAUGGGAGCUUGUUGUAACGCGAAGGAUUGGAAGAAAGCACUGGAGCUCUAUGAAAAAAUCAAGUUAAUCAAACUUAGACCAACAAUUUCAACAAUGAAUGCCCUUAUAACUGCUUUGUGUGAAGGUAAUCAACUGCCCAAGGCUAUGGAAUAUCUCGAUGAGAUAAAGACUUUAGGGUUAAAACCAAAUACUAUUACUUACUCAAUGCUCAUGCUGGCAAGUGAAAGAAAGGAUGACUUUGAGGUAAGUUUCAAGCUCCUUUCUCAAGCAAAAGAAGAUGGAAUAUCACCAAACUUCAUCAUGUGUAGAUGCAUAACCAGCCUGUGCAAGCGAAGGUUUGAGAAAGCUUGCGCUGGUGGUGAACCUGUUGUGUCCUUCAAAUCAGGGCGACCUCAAAUUGAAAAUAAAUGGACAUCAAUGGCCUUAAUGGUUUACCGCGAGACAAUUUCAGGUGGAACAGUUCCUACUACAGAAGUAGUUUCACAAGUUUUGGGGUGCUUGCAACUUCCACAUGAUGCUGCUUUGCGGGAUAGGCUGAUUUCGAAUUUAAGCAUAAACAUUUCUUCACAAAAACAACAUAACAUAUUCCCACUAGUCGAUGGAUUUGGAGAGUAUGAUCCUCGUGCAUUUUCACUACUUGAGGAGGCUACUUCUCUUGGAGUUCUUCCUUCUGUGUCCUUCAAUAAAAUUCCACUAUUUUUUGACACAACAGAAUUGCCGAAAAACGUUGCUGAGGUAUACCUCUUAACCAUCUUUAAAGGUCUUAAGCAUCGCCUUGCAGCUGGUGCGAAGAUACCUCACAUUAAUUUGAUCAUUUCCAUGGAAGAGAAGGAAAUUAGGACUCCUGAAGGAGAGAAGACAAUUGACCUUACAGGAAGGGUCGGACAGGAAAUUGGUGCAUUGUUGAGAAGGUUAGAUAUACCAUAUCAUAGAAAGGAUUCAAGAUUAAGAAUCAAUGGUGUUUCUUUGAAGAACUGGUUUCAACCAAAGCUGGAUUCACCUUUCUCUGGUGGGAAACCAGGGGAUUUGAGGUCAUCGCAAGUACCAUUAGGAAACCAAAUCAGUCGUCAGCAACGCAGCAUUCGACUAGGGAACCUGUCACUUGAGUGAGAAACUGAGAAGGCGUCUCUCAUUUUGAUCCUUAACCUCCGAGAGUUUUUUUUUUUUUGAAGGAUUAGUUCCACGGAACUUCAUAUACUAUCAGUAAAUGUCAACAUCACAGCAUUCCUCCGGCGUCGCAGCAGAAGGUGAAGAUUCAAAGUUUGCUUCAUUACUCUUCUGCAUAAGCUUAGAGUUCUUGCAUGAGGAUGUUGCAUAAUGACAGCAAGUUAAUUGCAUGGUAAAGCAGUUGGUCUGUAUAUCUACAAAAAAAAACCUUGUAUUUAUUCGUUUUCGCAUGGAAAUAAUAUAUACUAGUAAAUGAUUCUUGUAAUGUAAUCAGGAAAAUACAUAAACCAAUAUCAGAGCUCGUGAUAUUGCAUUUCAAGAGUUGUUGGACUAAA